AUGGAAACCCGAACUAGAUCCUCCGGCGCGUCGACCGCAACUCCCGCAACCCUUUCGGACCUCACCAAGCACACGCUCGCCCCCGCCGACGACACAAUGGCCCUCGACUACCCCGAACAACUCCUAACACCCGAGAACAGCCGCUCCGAGACGUCCAGCAACAAUGAAAACGCGUCGACCGAGGAGAAGCCCACCCUCCGCCGCAGAUCUACACGUGUAGCACGCGCCUCUUUGCGAGGCGCCGCACAACUCCCCGCCGGCCUGGAGAGGGAUUCGUCUCAUGUCCUGUCUCCAGCAUCUGAGACCGAACCCUUACCGCUGGGUGCGGCGGGUGAGGAGCCAGCCCUGGUCAAGACUGUCGCGGAGACCAAGCGGUCUCAGGUCUCGCACCUCCGGCACAGCAUUGCGGUCAUGGAACAGUCUAUGUGGAGCGAGGCGACCCUCGCGCGGGAUACUAUGGAUGUCGAUGAUCAUCCAAUGGCGCCGGAUACGCCAGUUUCGAAGUCCUCCCAGGAGCCGCAGUCGGGCGACAUGAGCACGUCACUACAGCAGCGCACUUUGCGGAAGCGGGUCGAGCGGGUGUCAACGGAGGAGAAACCCCCGAGCAAAGGGAAGGACACCGAAACUACGAAACAACAGGCUCCAGAACCAACGAGGCGCUCUUCCCGCCUGAGUAUCUUAGAGAAAGCGUCAGGUCUUAUGGACCGCGCCAGCAGCGUCUUGGGGAAACGGUCGCGGGAUGUGGUGGAAAAGGGGAAGGACCUGGGCCGACGGGCUAGUUUACGGCCCAGACAGCCUGCCGUUCCUAAGGAGGACCCCGGCGUCUCGAAACCCACCGAGCCUCCUGCGGCGAAGAAGCGACGUGUGUCUGAGAGCGAUCUUCCGGCCAAGGCGGGGGAGAAUGAAGAAACGGCGCAAGAAGCGCCCGUCACCACCCUCAUCCCGCGCAGGAACAAGCGCUGGCUGGCUCAUGGAUUGUACUCGGGGCAGGAACAGACGAAUGCUGUUCGUCCGUUGCAAGGCCGAAACAAAGCCGCGAGAAGGAGGAGCCAAGUCACAGGUCAACGAAAAUUGCUGCCAAUGCCUAUGUUUGCCGGAGACCGGUUGUUGCAGCAAGGACGAGACUUCCAGCUUCCGUUUGAUGUUUUCUCGCCCCUGCCUCCCGGUCAACCCAAGCCUAAUGAAUGGCGGAAGACAAACAAGAACGUCUUCGUCGGCGAGGCUUCCAGUAUCUGGAGAGCGAACAAAGAGGAGGAGCUUUCUAAAUGUCUCUGCACGGAAGAGACGGGCUGCGACGACGACUGUCAGAACCGUUACAUGUUCUAUGAAUGCGACGAAGGCAACUGCGGGCUGGGUCCGGAGUGUGGUAAUCGAAGUUUUGACGAGCUCAAGUACCGAACAAGAGCUGGGGGUAAGUAUAACAUUGGUGUCGAAGUCAUCAAGACUACAGAUCGCGGGUAUGGCGUCCGCAGCAACCGUACCUUCGAGCCGAAUCAAAUUAUCGUGGAAUACACUGGAGAGAUCAUCACACAAACGGAGUGUGAGAAGCGGAUGAGGUCGGUCUACAAGAACAACGAGUGUUAUUAUUUGAUGUACUUCGACCAGAACAUGAUCAUCGACGCCACACGAGGCUCCAUUGCUCGAUUUGUGAAUCACUCCUGCGAGCCCAAUUGCCGCAUGGAAAAAUGGACUGUCGCCGGAAAGCCGCGCAUGGCGCUUUUUGCCGGCGACCGUGGGAUUACGACGGGACAGGAACUGACCUACGACUACAACUUUGAUCCAUACUCGCAAAAGAACGUUCAACAGUGUCGGUGUGGCUCAUCCAAUUGUCGUGGUAUUCUCGGGCCGCGUCCCAAAGAGAAGGAUCAACGUUCGAAGGAAAGGGACGCGAAGGCCGAAACCCAGAAGAAAUCCCGCUCGAAUACGAGCAAAGCCAGCAAGAAAGUUACGGACGCGAAGCGCAGAAUUGGCAAGGCGUUGGAAGGGUCCACCUCGCGCCUCAACAAGCGCAAGCUCUUGGGCUCCCAGUCGCUCAAGGCAGGUGUCAAGAAGGCCGUCUCCAAGGCGCGGGCCUCCACCUCGAGAUCUCCUGCAAAGACUACGUCAAGGACGGCCAAGAAUGCCCCCAAGACAACCUCGCCGAGGAAGCGUCCCGUCAAGAAAGAAGAAACCAAAUCCGCCAAGAAUGUCAAACUACCCAAGGUGAAAGCCACGGCUAAGGCCAAGACGACGGUUCGCGUCAAGAAACCGACACAAGCCCAGACCAAAGCAAAGGCCUCACCAACCAAGCUCAGUCGUCCAUCGGAAGCGACCAAAGCCAAGAUUAUUGCCGCGGCCAGGGGCACAAAUGCAAGGAGUCGCACGAGUCAGAAAGCCAACAAUAACACCAAGGGAUCUCCUACCAAGGCAGUUGCUAAGUCCAAGGUCGCAAGUCCACGGGCCAGAGCCACCAUAGCCAGGAAGGCAAACAACAAGAAAUAA